CACAGCUCGGACCUCCCAGAUCCAACGGAAAAUCUGUUGAAGGAAAGCAAAGGAACAUCUUGGGGUCCACUUAACACCGGAGUACAGAAAGGUAGCGGGCAGAUUCAACUGUGGCAGUUCCUGCUGGAGCUCCUCUCUGACAGCGCCAACAUGUCGUGCAUCGGCUGGGAGGGAACCAACGGCGAGUUCAAGCUCAUCGACCCGGAUGAGGUGGCUCGGCGCUGGGGGGAGCGCAAGAGCAAACCCAACAUGAACUACGACAAGCUGAGCCGGGCGCUGCGCUAUUAUUACGACAAAAACAUCAUGACCAAAGUCCACGGCAAGCGAUAUGCCUACAAGUUUGAUUUCCACGGCUUGGCGCAGGUGUGCCAGCCGUCCACCACAGAGCAGGCCAUCUACAAGUUUCAGGGUAACUUCUCCCCGAUUCCCUUCACCGGGAUUUCCAAACUGAACCUCAUGUCUCCCGGGGUGGGGCCACCGGGUUUCUCCUACUGGCACGGCUCCCCUCCGGCCGCCCUGUAUCACACCCACAGCCUCCAGCCGCCAGGGCCCUUUGGCACCGUGUCUCCGUCCCACAUCAGCUGUGUCAACAACAUCAGCAGCCUCACUAACAUCAAUAACCAUUACAACUGACUCUUCAUCCAUCAUUUAGCCAAACACUGAAGCACACCGUAACACAGCAACGAACGAAGAGAGGUGACAAAGGCAAAUAUCGGAUUCAUUUGGUUAAAAAUUAUAAUCUUUUAUAGAAGCAUGACGAUAGUUUCAGUAUACAUUUAAAACAUGUAAUUGCGGAGCUGUGACUGCUGCGGAGACAGCGUUUGCAUGUAAGCAAGACGUCGAAAGACUUGUACAUAACCAAACCCAAUAUAAUUUAGCCCUUUAUAAUCUUUAAACCAAUAAAUUUUUCACGAAUGAAUUAUUGAAUCCAUCAAGGGACGCACAUUACGCAGUGGUUUCAACCUUUACGCGCGGUAUUGUAAUACAUAUGACGUAGAAAAUACGAAAUUCAGAAAAGUGACGAACAAUGUAGAUAAUUAUUAAACAAAAAUAUUAAAUACAGAAUCUGUUUUUAUACAUAUCAGUUAUCAUGCUUUUUUGUUUCUUUGCCGACUCUCAUCCACCUUCCUUGAGUGCAUUCAGGUGUAUUUGCUGCAACUUGGGAGCAAAUCACCUGCUAUUUUCUGGACUAUUGGCGCCAUCUCGUGGUUGUAGAAUGGCCUAAUGCCAGUUGGACGAUGUGAUUAUUUUUCCUUUGCUAAAUAUCACCACUUGAAAACACCCACUCACCUGAAAUAUAGUUUCCCUGUAAUCACAGUUUGCUUAGAAAUCAUAUAAGAAAAUGAAACUUGCAAUACAAUUAAAACCAGUACAGAGGCACCCGGUUGUCAAUUGUGUGAAAUAGACUCUUGAGAGAUAUAGUCAAACAGAAACUGUGAAUUUAUUAACUAUACUCUGUAAAUAGUGUAUGCUGUUAAAGCGCAAUGCUCAGGCUCAAGCUGCUUUUUAGUGAUGUUGGAUUGAAUUAAACUGCAUUCAUUCACACAGCUUCUUACUGCAGACAAAACAACUGCACUAAUACACAUCUAAUGAAGUAAAUAAAAACCGAAUGUUUUAAAUAAAUAAGUAUCUUUGUCAGUAUGUGUUUUAAUCAUAUGUGGAAUGCAUUUAUUUCAGUCUAAACACAGUGUGUGCCACAGCACCAUCCAUGCUCGACAUGUGCUGCGUGUUCUUUCACAAAAUGUGGAUUUUAAAAUGUUUGUCUUAAUACUCAUUUGAAACUAAUAAAUAUAAUGAUGAAGAU